AUGGCAUACUACACGUUUUUAUCAUUUGUAAUAAUUCUGUACUUGUACGGUUAUUUUCACUUAGUAGAAACACGUCGUACAAACGAUACUGAAAAAUAUAAUCAAUAUCAAUGUUUUUCUACAUUAUCAGAUAAAUCUGAUAAAUUUCAUACUAAAUUACUUCGACCAUUAUUAAUAAAACGUGUAUCAGGUACACGAGGUAAUGCUCAAGUACGACAACAUAUUAUUUCAACAUUACAAUCAACUAAAAUAUGGAAUAUUGAAUAUGAUACAUUUAAUUCCGUGACACCAGAUGGUAUAGUUAAAUUUACUAAUAUAAUUGCAACUUUAAAUCCAACAGCGACACAUCGUCUUGUACUUGCUUGUCAUUAUGAUUCAAAAAAACUACCACAUUUUAUUGGUGCUACUGAUAGUGCAGUACCUUGUGCAAUUUUACUCGAUUUAGUGAUUUAUUUUAAACAACAACUUGCUCAACGUAAACAAAAUAAUAAAUAUCCAACAUUACAAUUAAUUUUCUUCGAUGGAGAAGAAGCAGUUCAACAUUGGUCGAAGACCGAUUCACUCUAUGGAUCAAGACAUUUAGCAACAAAAAUGCGUAAUACAAAUGUUCAAGGUCAACAAGAUUUAAAUCAAAUUGAUGCUAUGAAUAUAUUUAUUCUACUCGAUCUUAUCGGAAACAAAAACUUACAAUUUGUUAAUCUUUUCAAUAGAACUACGGGAAAAUAUUACAAGAAAUUACAAGAAAUAGAAACUCAACUACUUCGUUCUUAUGAUAAUACUGAACAUCAACAGGCAAUAUUCUCUUCGAAAGCUUAUAAUUAUAUCAUCGAAGAUGAUCAUGUUCCAUUUCUAGCCUAUGAUGUACCAAUUCUUCAUCUAAUCGCUGUACCAUUUCCAUCAACAUGGCAUAAAUUAAGUGAUAAUGAAGAUAAUCUCGAUUUUCAAUCAAUAAAUCAUUUUCGAAAUAUUAUGAAAUUAUUUCUAAAAAAAUAUCUUCAUAUAAAAAAACAGUUCUGUUAA